AUGGGAUCGAAAAAGUCGGCAACGGCGCAUUCGGUCGCAAUAGCAGGGUUCCACACGCUGCUCAAGCGGAUCGCGCAGUGCCAAGAUCCCAGAGAAAAGGAGCGCUUGCGACAGCAGAUGGACGAAACGUACGGUGGCCUCGAUGGGUAUCAAAAGGAAAGUCUCAAAGGGCGAGAUAGGCACAAUGCGGGAGAAACUGGCAAGUGGCUCGUGCAGCAGGUCGGACCGAUAUGGAAGGCAGAGCAAGAAGCAUCUGGCAAGAGACGGAUCCGGCUCCUCGACGUAGGAUCGCUAUCGGGCACGGCGUACCACAAAUACAAAUGGAUAGAUCCUGUUAACAUUGACCUCAGCCCACAAAGCGAAAGGGUGAUCAAAAGCGAUUUUUUCGACUGGCCGCUGCCGCAAAACGAGGCUGCUUGCUUUGAUUGCGUCGCCCUGAGCCUUGUUAUCAACUUUGAAGGAAACCUCUUCCGGCGCGGCAACAUGCUCCUGCACGCACACAAGCACCUCACAAAGGCUGGCUUCCUCUUCCUGGUCUUACCUCUCGCCUGCGUCGAGAACUCUCGAUACCUCGAUCAUGCACGUCUACGCGCGAUCCUCCACGCAUGUGGCUGGAACGUUGUCGAACAGAACGACAGUGCCAAGCUUACGAGGUGGUUGUGUCAACGGAGACAGGACCAAGCACAGGCAGGAUGGGACGGAACAUCAUUCAAAAAGGAGGAGAUUCGCAAGGGCCCGUCGUUCAACAACUUUUGCAUUCGCGUUGGACAGCAGGGCCGCGAGGAGAAGACGUGA